AUGGAUUUAUAUAUUUUAAGCAGUGAGCUCUCGGAUUCUGCAUAUCAUCGAUUCUCAGAUGCGACGAUGGAGCAUUUGCUGGAAUAUUUUGAAAAUUUAGUUGACACCUUGGACGUGAAAGAUUAUGAUGUUGAAUAUUCGGUGAUUCCUGGCAAAAAUGACGCCUCAGAAGUAUACGAAGAUGACAACUUUAUAAUGGAUGCGGAUUACUUACCCGGUGGUGAACGAUACGAUGAAACUAAAGACAACUUAAAAAAGUCAGAAAAAAAAAGGCUAGAAAAGGAGGAGAAAAAAAAAGUCAAGAGAAAAUUUGAUGAAUACUUGGAUGAGUACUAUCAACUGGACUACGAAGACAUCAUCGGGGAUACUCCCGUGCGCUUCAAAUAUAGGCAAACUAAACCUCUUUCAUUUGGGUUGACGUCUACCGAAAUAUUGUUAUCAGAUGAAAAGGAUCUGAAUGAAUUUGUAUCUAUAAAAAAAUUGGCGCCAUUUCGACCGGAACAUUUGGUAGCAAAUGACAUUAAAAAGUAUUCCAAGAAAAAGCGACUCCAGCAGUUCCGCCAAAAGCUCGAACUUUCAGAAAUUAAUAACCCACCAGAGGACAAAGCGUGGAGUAUCAAGUCAAUAGUAGGUGAAGCCAAGACAACGCCCACAGAAGAAGUAAAAUCAGAGAACAAGCCUGCUUCCGCCAUCGAUUCAAAAGGGAAGAAAAGGAAGAAAAAGAAAAAGAAGGCACGCGGCGAAUCUGAUGUGUCUUGA